AUGUCUAAACGGAAUAAUGAGGGCGAUGUCAUCGCAAAUCGCAUAAGUCUGCUCGAGGCAAAGGGUCAGAAACUCUUGGCGUCGUUGUAUGGUUCGCGGCCGGACUGGGACACUGCGGAUGGUGAUGCGAAAACAGAAGUUGAAGACGAUGAUCAAGAUCUGAAACAAAACUACGCUCACGACAGAAUCGGUGUCGGCGGUAUAGUUCCCAAGGAUAUCGAAGAUGGCAGCUUCACCAGCAGAACACGAACAUCAGACGACAAACUUUUGCAACAACUGAUCGGCAAGAAGAAAGCAAAAGCCCACAUCACUGCAAAACAAGAAGCUGCGAGACCGAAUGCAGCCUCCAAAGCUCAGCAUUACAAGAAGCUUGCUGCGAAGAAAGAAGAAUCGGACGAUGAGGAAGAGGGAAGGGCCGCGACAUUCAAAUCUAAGAGACAGAAAAAGGUGAAGCAGGAAACUAAGCCAGCGGAUAGCGAUGAUGAAGAUGAAGAGACGAGGGCGAAGAGGUUAGAAGGUAGCGCAAGGAAAGAGAAUGAGGAAGUAAUAAAAGAUGAGGUUGCCGCAGAAGCUGAAGCAGACGCAAAGCCCAUCAAGAAGGAAGAGGAGGAUGAAGAAGCGGAAGCCACACAACCAGCACCCAAGAAAGCGAGGGCGAAACCCAAGAGCUUCCUCGACGAGAUUCUAGCCGAGCGGUCAAAGAAGAAGAGUAAGAAAGUAAAGGCAUAG